AUGAAGGGAGGAAUUUACGGUGCACAAAUGAAUGCUUGUGUAAGGUUACACAAGCUACUUUUGACCUGCAAUAGCAGGUUUAGCAGGGUUUCCUCCAUCGCUGCUGACAUCGUGUGUUCUGAUUCUAGGGUUUCCUCCUUCGCUGCUGACAUUGUGUGUUCUGGUUUGAGCGCUGAACUCGAAGGGAGACCUGAGUUUGCUUUCUGGGUUUUUGGUUCGGUUGCUGGAGUUGAUCAUGUCUUCUCAUACCCAGGAGUCUCGUAUGCACAAGAUGUGGUUAGAGUAGUUGUUGAAGGUGAUGGUGAUGUUCUAGUGCAAGAACAUCAUCUCACUGGGGUAGUUGGCUCUCUUGGUGAAGAGGAAGAAGGGUCAUUUGGAGAACACGAAGAAGAUGGGAGUGAUGAAGAAGCUGUUGAGGAACAAGUUCAUGAUAUGGCUGAAACUGAAAUUGCUAUCAAUGGUUUAGAAGACUUGGGGGGUGUAAAUUUCAAAGAACUAUGUGUGAAUGACAUUCUUAGAUAUCAUUUUCCGGAUCGCGGAGUUGGUUACUUGUUCUAUAGUUGGUAUGCUCGGAUGCACGAAUUUGCUGUUGACAACUGUUGGCAUGUUAAAUCUGUUUGUGAUGAUCAUAAUCAUGUACUUGUUGGAGACAAUUUGAUUGGAUUGGCACCUGCCCAUAGAAAAAUGAACGAGGCUGACAUUACUCAAUUGAAUUGCUAUAGGAUGUCAGGAAUCAACACUCCAAAAGCUUAUGGUGUGUUUUCCAACCAGAUGGGUGGAUAUCAAAAUAAGAAGGACAAAGUAUGUGAUGCGAGAGGUGUCAUUGGUUUCUUACGUAAGUUGAAGGAGAAAGAUCCUGAUCUGUUUUGGAAACACACUUAUAAUGAGGAUCGAAGACUAGACAAGUUGUUUUGGAGUGAUGGUUGCAGCCGUGACAACUAUUCAUUGUUUGGUGAUGUGUUGACAUUUGAUGCAACGUACAAGAAUAACAAGUACAAGCGGCCACUUGUUAUAUUCUCCGGGGUUAAUCAUCACAACCAGACAAUUAUAUUUGCUGUUGAUCUAGUUUCCAAUGAGCAAGAGGAUACAUAUGUUUGGUUGCUUCAGAAUUUGUUGGAUGCAAUGCACAGGAAGUUUCUAGUGUCGGUGAUCACAAAUGGAGAUCCGACAAUGAAAAAAGCGAUUAGAAAGGUUUUACCAAAUGCUCAUCACAGGUUAUGUGCUUGGCAUCUUCUCCGGAAUGCAGUGAGCAAUGUUGCUGAACCAAAAUUCAUUAAAAUGCUUACUAGAUGCAUGCUUUGGGAUCUUGAAGUUGCUGAGUUUUAG